UCUCAGGCUGAAUAAAUAGGGACCCUUGAUAACUGCGUUUAACAGUCCAUUAGUGCAAUCACUCCGUGAGGUUUGGAAUAAAAAGUCAUCGCCAACGAAAUGAGGUUUUUUAUGUCAUUUGCUGUCCUGUUGGCUUUUACAGGAUCAAGCCAGGGUCGACUGAUUCCACGUGACAAGAUCGUCUUGAACAAAAAAGAGGCAUUCGAUUUCUUUGGCUUCUUUAAAGAUAUCGACCACGAGUGUUAUGAGGAAGGUUGCACUUUUGGUGAGGUUGUCGAUCAUUAUGGCCACAAGGAAAAAUCGUACGAGUAUUGGAACACUUACCAGUGCGAGAAAUUUCAAAAAGGCUGUACAGACAAAGAGUGCCGUGGGAACUCUGUUGGAAUUGAAGAUCCGGAUAAAGUUUCCGGGGGAGGAAUUGUUGCUUCCUCAUGGCUCAGAUCAAACUUAGAUUUCGCACCAUCUCAAGGGAGAUUGCACAACGAAAAAGGAUCCUGGUGCGCAAAUAAGCAAGAAGAGGAUCCAAAACCGUAUCUUCAGGUCGAGCUUCCAGUGCGUACUGGAGUUUGCGCAGUAGCUACACAAGGAUCAGCUCUGUACGAUACCGACUACGUCACGAAAUACGAAAUCCAAACCUCAUUGGACAAAAAGAAUUGGGUAACAUACCAGGAAAAUGGAACGGACAAGAUUUUUCACGGUAACACUAACGCCGAUCACAUGCUAAAAGUAAACCUCGAUCAACCGGUUCUGGCCAUGUUUGUCCGGUUUGUCAUAAAAGAAUUCGUCGAAUGGCCAUGUAUGCGUGUUGAAGUUUACGGUACACCUGCAAAUUGUACUGUUAGGACAAAGGACAACGAAUGUUGUGUGUUUCCCUUCAUGUACAAAGGAGAGAGACACUUUUCAUGUUUACCAUCUUUAUUCAACGGCGAUUGGUGUGCGACAACACACGACUAUGGCAAAGAUAAAAAAUGGGGAGAGUGCUUAGAAGGAGACUUGAACGCAUGAAGUAGGAUGCAAGCCGAAAUCACCAUGCAACAGCAGAUCCUACUUACGUUUGAAUCAAGAUAGCACCUUGUAAAGAAGGCCUGGCCUUCAGCACGUAUGGGUUUCUUUCAAUCACCGUUUAUCAUUACAAGUACUUGACAAUAAGGGUAAUUUCACUUUCUGUACACAAUUCACUUAAUAAACGUGUUUUUUCACGAACUCC